UUCUGUUCUUUUUCCCUCUCCGUGUUUUAGAAACAUCCCUCUUUCAACUGACAAAACCGGAAAAAGACGCAUAUAAACGAAUGAUAUCUGGGUGCUCCAAAAAUGUUUGUAUACAUGUUUUGAAUCAUAAGACUUAACAAGUACUAACAAUGGCAACGGCACAAGGCCAAGACAUCAUAGCAUGUUCAUUAUGUCAAGAGCCAGUGGAAUUUUAUUGUAAUCUCUGCUUCACAGAUUUAUGCAGUAAAUGUGUUCUGAUUCAUUUAAAAGACAAGACGAAAAAACACCAAGUAGUUGAAUUUAGCGAUAAAAAGUGCUCACUCGUCCUUCCAGACUGUAGUUCUCAUGACAACAAGUGCGAAACGUACUGUUGUGAUUGUGAUAUACCAAUAUGUAUAAAGUGUGUAACAGAUUCGCACAAGGGACAUGACUUUUCAGAUCUUGAAAACGUGAUUGAAAAUCGGAAGAAAGAGAUAAGUUCAGAUAUAGAGGAGCAAAAAGCACUUUGCAUCAGGUACCAAAAAUUAAAAGAUACUAUUUUGCCCCAGGAAAAGGAUUUCGAAGACAUUAUCAGGAAGAUAUCACAAAGAGAAGAGGAAGUCAUAAAGUCUAUCCGCAAUACUGCUGAAAAAGUUAGAUCAGAUGUCUUAAAAGAGAGGGCAGAAAUUAUGACACAUAAUUCUGAAAAUAUGUCAAAAAUUUUGAAUGCACAACAACAUUUACAACACGCCAUUGAACAAAACGAAAAAACAAUGGAAUCCAGAUUUGCCAUUGAUGUUUUAAACUACUGUUCAGUAAAUAAACCAUUUCGAGACUAUCCAUGUUCUUUCGAAAAUGAACUCCCUGUUUUUUCGUCCGGACUAUCAGACGAAGAACAGAUAUCUGUUAUAUUUGGAUACGUAUCCAAUAAAAAUGCAAAUCAUAGUAAAAAUUUGCACUUGCAAUUGCCAAAUGCCAUCCAUUCAGUACUGACAACAAUUCAAUCUCCAUUCAAAUUACUCAGAAAUAUACACUGUGCAAAUAACGGCAUUAUUUGGGCAUGUGGAUAUGAUAAUACAAUCAGAAAAUUCGAUCAUUCUGGCUACAUCUUACAAACAAUAAAAAAUGUGCAUAACGGUGAAAGUUUUUCCAUAAAUACAGAAGGAGAUGUUUUGUUUAUCGCAAAGAAGCCAGUUGGGGCAAUAUAUAUAUUUAGAGAGUCUAAAUUCAAACGCUAUUUAUAUUUUGAAAAAUGGUUUCCUACAGGACUUCACUUUUCAGGAAAAGAAAAUUUUUUAGUUAGCCUUCGCUCAACAUCUACAGCACAUAGUAGAAUUGGAAGAUUCCACAAAAAAGAUGAGAUACAGCAAAUUCAAUACGACAGACAGGGAUUGCCUUUGUUUUCUACCAACAGCGAAAUGAUUUUGCCUUUAAUCGAGAACAAAUAUGGAGAUAUCUGCGUUGCUGACAUGGGAGGAAAGACAGUUGUCGUUGUGAAUAAAUCUGGAGAACUUCGAUUCAAAUACAGUGGUAACAUUGCCAUCCAAUCUACUUUCAAAGAGUUCACUCCUCGACAUAUCGCUGCUGAUAUAUAUUGCCAGAUUCUCAUAGGUGACAGUGCAAAUGAUAUCGUUCAUAUCAUUGACUGUGAAGGUAACUUUGUCUGUUAUGUUGAGCACCCAUGUAAAGGAGGACUAAGUAUUGAUACUGAUCAUAAUAUUGUCGUGGGUGAUAGAGAAAAUGGUUUAAUUAGAAUAGUAACAUAUUAAAACAAUACAAAGAGCAGUGUAACUACCUUGACUGUAAAUUUUUCUUAUUGUAGAAGACUCUAUUUUUUAAGAAUUGUAAUAUUAUGUGACGUCAUGGUUAACAUUUCACGUAGAAAUAAGGCUCCAUCGAAUUUUUGUAUCCUUUACGGUGCUGCCAAGGCAUACAUGGUAGAUUUGACAGUGUACAGGAGACGAUAACUCGUCAAUGACAGUCAUUUCAGAGUUUGUGUUUGCUCUGCUUACAAUAUGUACUGUUUGUUUAGACUUUUGACUAUGAAACAUGUAAGUGCAUGCUUGACAUAUUUUAUUUUCAUAUUUUUAUGAUCUAAAAGAAAAUAUUGGAUCAUUUACACGAAGUUUUCCUAUCUGAAAAAUGAUUUUAUUUCUCUAAAUCAAUUGAUAAAUAAUUCCUGAAAAGUACAUUGUUUCAAAACAUUAGGUGUUAGCUCUUUUCUGACACGUUUGAUUUUGACUCUAGUCAAUUCCUUCUUGGAAGGAAAUUACACGUAAGUCAGUCGGUUGGUAUAGCAAAGCCAUGAUUUUUUUAAGAAGGACAGAGAUCUGUAUUCCUAUUUACCUAAAAGAUAAUACAGUCAAACUUGUCUUAGCGGCCAUCCAGAAAUCAACGGCCAAUCGCUGUCAGCGGCCACUUUCAGUUCCCCCCGACGAUUUUUCCUAUAUAUUUUAACUGGAAUAAACGGUCACCUGUGUAACGCAGCCAGCGGCCACUCAAAUCCUCCCCCAACAGCCUUAUUGACACUGUAAUAGGCGGUCAUUUCGUCACUUGUUGCGAUCCUAUCACAUCUUUUAAACGCAUUGGCUUGGGUACCCCAGUAAUUAUA